AUGGAGCAGCGCUUCAGCAUCCACUAUGAAGAGACGCAUGUCACGGUCACGCCCAUUCGCCAAGUUGCGCGUGCGGCCGUAGCAUCUUCCCUCUUUGGAAGUGUCAAGCUUUUCGUCUAUGCAGAGGUGCUGAUACCCUACGGCCAUAUACUAUUUGCCUUUGCACAAGAAGACGCUGCCAAGACACGUAAGAUUGUUGCUCUCGAACGUCUGGAAGAGACGCUAUAUGGACUGCUGCAGGUAGAACGCUUACCUCUCAAGGAGAUUGAGGCUCUAUCGGAGUUAUCUGCACAUUCUGUCCAGGUAACGCCCGUUGAGACGGACGACUGGUGGCAGGCUGUACUUGCCAAUGACGAGGAUGAGAUUCAUGAUGAGCUCACGUUUGAUCUUGGUCCUCAGCCGUUGCAAGAGUCUCCAAUUAAGGACAGUGGAGAGACGAUAGAGGUCUUCCUACAAUCCAUCAACUCGGUGUACUUCACCACAUUGUACGAGAGCAAAGCCCCUCUUGUCUUCUUUGCCAAAUCGAGCCUCCCGCGACUCCGCAAGACGAUGCUCAGUCGUGGUUUCCAAGAGCAGAUUGUGCUAGCGCAUAUCCUCGAACACAUCUUCCCCACAGAUGCUGACUUUGAUGCCAAGUACAAAGCAUUCAUCCCGACGUUUGUCAAGGGCGAGAUGGUGGGCCUCCCGUUCCAAUACGACACAACCUGUCUCAAAGACGGCGAAUUGGCCCACAUUCAAGCCUGGCUCGAUGCUUGUAUCGAAUCUACAGCUCAACCACGCCCAGACACAGUCCUCUCCACAUCGCUGACCCCUCUCAAAACACGCGAAGCUCAACUCAUGGUCAUCUUGCUUCUUGAAUUGCUCACAUUUGACCAAGCCAGCAAAGCCAUAGAGCUACGUAUUGACAUGCUGUUGGAUCGCCUAGCCAUCUGGCAAACAGUCAAUUUCACACAAGACGACCUUCUCAAGAGUUUCUGCUUGGAGGUGAUAUUGCCAUACUACGCGCUACGUUUGCCUGAGGUCACAACAGCCAUUCAACUCAAAUGUGUCCCACAAGAUUUACUCGCCUUUGAACCUCCACCAACGCCGGCAAAGAUCAAGAAGCGUGUUCGCGCAACAGUCAAGAGCAAUGCGGCGGUUUCCCUCAAACGCACCAUUUCUGCACCAGCGAAUUUGUUGAGUGAGAAGAAGACUGUUCCCAAGAAACGCAGUCUUGGGCGUGAAGUCAGUAUGACGAAGAAAAUACCAAACUUUGAGCUAGCCAAGUCUUCCAAGACUGCACCGAAGCGUGGCUUGUCUUUUGAGGAAAGACGCAAACAGCGAGUCGAGCAGGAAGAACGUGAACGGAUUCAAGUGGAUGCGACACCUGCAAAACCACGACCACACGGCAUGGCGAUGCCAAAUGAUCAUGAUGAGGCUGUUGCGCUACUGGCUGCACAAUUUGUCGCACAGCGCGAAUCGAAGGCGAGCUUUAUGUCUGUUGUUGAGACACCUAGCAAAGGUUCUACCAUUCGACCACCUCCAGGUGCAGCAGUGGGCGAAACACCCCUUGCUGGUCUGAAGACACCGACGCGUGGGUCUCAUAUUGCACGCACGCCGGUACGAGAUCGUGUGUUACUGGACACGCCGACGAGGGGUUCUGCACCACUAUUCAAUAUUGCUUCUCCAACCUUGCCUCCUCCACGACCAAAGAAUUUAUUCAGUGAUAGCGGCCAAAAGAAACGGUCGCAUGGCGAAAUGCGUGGUGCCCCAAGUCUUCAAAAGACCGUCUCUUUGCCGACCAUGACAACACACGCUUCGCCGUUCAUGGUUGAGCAAAUAGAGGAAGAAGGUGAUACCGUGGCGGCAGCAUCACCGGUGGGCAAAUCAGGUCACGAUGCAGUAGAAGAAAAGGCAACUAAGUUGCAGGAAGUGCUCGACUGGUUAUAG